AUGUUACGUGGCAGACACGGCAUUGUUCUUCAAUUGGCCUUUUCAUAUAAAAAUAUCACAUCAAUGGAGCAGUUGAAAUUGGCUACAAAUUCUGACGCCAAAGAGGAUAACCCUUUUGGGAACAAGUCAAUAAAUAACAAUGCAUUUGAGUCUUCUGACAGUCUAAGGAAAAGAAAGAUAUCAGCUCGAUGGGAUCCGGUUGGAGCAUGUCGGCCUAUAAUUGAAGAAGCACCUGUUUUUUAUCCAACUAUUGAAGAGUUUGAAGACACACUCAGUUACAUAGCCAAGAUAAGACCCCUGGCUGAAUCCUAUGGCAUAUGUAGGAUUGUUCCUCCAGCUUGCUGGGCUCCACCCUGUCCUCUUAAGGAGAAAGAUUUAUGGGAAAAUGCUGCAUUUCCCACCCGUAUUCAGCAAAUUGAUUUGCUUCAAAAUAGGGAACCUAUGAGGAAAAAAAGUAGGGGAAGGAAGCGAAAACGUAGAAGGCACUCUAGAACAGGCACAUGUAGGAAGAAGCCUGCCAAUCAAGCUUUGAAUUCUUCUGAGUCUGAAGAGAAAUUCGGAUUUCAAUCAGGAUCAGACUUCACGCUUAAAGACUUUCAGCAAUAUGCUAAUUUUUUUAAGGAAUGCUAUUUUGGGUUGAAAGAUGCAAAUGUAGACAGAACUGUUAGUGAGAGUAACCAUCAGACAAGAUGGGAGCCCUCUGAGGAGGAAAUUGAAGGUGAAUACUGGCGAAUAAUUGAGCAACCAAGUGAUGAGGUUGAGGUGUAUUAUGGAGCUGACUUGGAAACUGGAUCACUUGGAAGUGGUUUUCCUAAGGCAUCAUCCAUAACUACAAGUGACUCAGAUCAAUAUGUCCUGUCUGGUUGGAAUCUGAACAAUUUCCCGCGACUGCCAGGUUCUGUACUAAGCUACGAGGGAAGUGACAUAUCAGGAGUUCUAGUGCCAUGGCUGUAUGUUGGCAUGUGUUUUUCCUCAUUUUGCUGGCAUGUUGAGGACCAUCACCUCUAUUCACUAAACUAUUUGCAUUGGGGUGACCCAAAAGUAUGGUAUGGAGUACCUGGAAACCACGCUCCAGCCUUGGAAAACGCAAUGAGGAAGUACUUACCAGAUUUAUUUGAGGAACAACCAAAUCUACUAAAUGAACUGUUUGUUCAUUUCAAGUCUAGUGAUGAUGAGAUGCAUGCUGAUCGUUGUAGUGUUACCCAGUUUUCUCCUUCAAUUCUUAAAUCUGAUGGAGUGCCUGUGUAUCGCACAGUUCAGCAUUCUGGGGAAUUUGUUAUUACCUUUCCAAGGGCAUAUCAUGCUGGCUUCAAUUGUGGCUUUAACUGUGCAGAGGCAGUGAAUGUGGCUCCUAUUGAUUGGUUAAUGCAUGGACAGAAUGCUGUCGAGCUUUACAGUUUACAAUGCCGAAAGACAUCAUUGUCCCAUGAUAAGCUGUUAUUUGGAUCAGCACUGGAAGCAGUACGGGCCAUUACAGAAAUAACCCUUGGAAAGGAAACUCCAAAAAAUUUGAAAUGGAAAAGUGUCUGUGGGAAAGAUGGAGAUCUUCCCAAGGCAAUUAAGGCAAGGAUAAAGAUGGAAGAAGAAAGGCUAGAUUGUCUUCCAACUCAUCUCAAGAUUCUCAAGAUGAACAGUGACUUUGAUUUAUACACGGAAAGAGAAUGUUUCUCUUGCUUCUAUGACUUGCACCUAUCUGCUGUGGGUUGUGAGUGCUCUCCUGGCAGAUAUUCUUGCCUUAAGCAUGCUAAUUUGUUCUGCUCAUGCGGAAUGGACAAAAGAUUUGUUCUGCUUCGAUAUACUAGAAAUGAACUAAAUAAUCUGCAUGAAGCAUUAGAAGGAGAAUCACAUGCUCUUGAGGUGUGGGCAAAUAAAAACUUUGGAAUGGUUUCUGCCCAUGCUAAUGACGUUUGCAUACAUAAAUCAGAUGUUGAGAAAGAUGUGUACAAAACCAAGAAUUGUGAAGAAAUGGAUAACUUAACUGGCUGUGUAGUAACCAAGGAUAGGUCAAAUUUAAACACACCUAGUAGUCCUAAUAGUCAUAUUACUUCGGAGGUAGUGCAGUCUGAGUCUCACCGUGUAUCUUCUAGUGCAGCACAUGACAGCAUAGAUAGUCAUAGUAACAAUAAUAGUGAUAAAAAGCUUGCCACAGACAAGGAAGAUAAAAUGGAUCAUGAUGGUUAUCUGGAUUUAAAUCUUGAUGUCAUCUCUGGUGAAACUGAAAAUCAUGUACUGGAUAUUGCUGAUAACCAUCACAAUGAAGGUGUUUCAGUAGAUGAAAAAGUAUGCUGUUCAGAGGCCAAAAAGGAAGAAGACAACAUGGAUCUUGGUGGUGACAGAAACUUGUCAAACUCGAUUUCUGUUCUAAAGACAGAUUUCUCGGGUGUUCAUAGAUUUGAUGGUGGAAAAACUGAACUGGAUCAGCAAUCAGAUUCAGGAAAGCUGCACAACAACCUAUUUGAAAAAGCAGUCAUAGGCACCACAGAUACUCUUAUAGCUUCGACAGAUGAAAGUUGCUUAGUGCGAAUGUUUGGUACUUCUGUUGAGCCUGUAAGUUUGGGAUCUGUUGUUCAUGGAAAGCUGUGGUGCAGUAAACAUGCAAUAUAUCCAAAAGGAUUCAAGAGCCGAGUUCAGUUCUUUAGCAUUCUUGAUCCAACGAGAAUCUGUAGCUAUAUUUCUGAAGUCAUUGAUGCUGGAUUUCUUGGACCCCUUUUCAAGGUAACCAUGGAAGAAUGUCCAAGAGAGGCUUUCACCAAUACCUCAGCGGAUAAUUGCUGGGAAUCAGUUCUGGAGAGAUUACAUCAUGAAAUCAUGAGGCGGAGGAGUCUAGGUGAACUAGAACUCCCUACCUUAGAGCUCCUGAAAAACAUUAACGGUCACAGAAUGUUUGGCUUCUUUUUACCAUCAAUUAUUCAGGCUAUCGAAGUUCAAGAUCCCUGUCAUAUGUGUGUAGAGUACUGGAAUCUCAAAGUUGCCCCUUCAGGCAGGAUUGUUGAUAACUUCACCUAUGGUUCCAGAAGCCCUUUAGGUAAUAUCAAUACCAAAAUUUUUGGUAUCAGUUUGAUUAACCAUAGCUUCCAUGAAGAGAUCAAACCAAUACUACAAAGCGCAAGUCCUGAUGAGUUAAGCACAAUGCAUAAGUUACUCAGCUCUGAUGCACGGUGCUGUGAGUGGAAAGUGACAUCGAUGGCCCUGAUGGAUGAGAUCCGGAAAGCUUGUCAAUGA